CUGCCUGGAGGGGCUGCGGCUGCUGGAGAGCCUGGGGCCCCGCCUCCCUGCGUAGCUCCGGGCGCCGGUGAUGGCGGCCCUCCCAAAGCUCGCCGUCUUCGAUCUCGAUUACACACUCUGGCCAUUCUGGGUGGACACGCACGUAGACCCCCCCUUCCACAAGGGCAGUGAUGGAACUGUACGAGAUAGGCAAGGCCAGAUCAUCCGACUGUACCCAGAGGUGCCCGAGGUCCUGGACCGAUUUCGGGGCCUUGGGGUGCCCAUCGCAGCCGCUUCACGGACAGGUGAAACUAAAGGGGCCAACCAGCUACUGGAACUCUUUGACCUUGUCGGAUACUUUGUUCAGCGGGAAAUCUAUCCAGGCAGCAAGGUCACACACUUUGAGAGGCUGCAGCAGAAGACUGGAGUUCCUUUCUCCCAAAUGAUCUUCUUUGAUGAUGAGAAGCGGAAUAUUGUAGAUGUCAGCAAACUGGGUGUUACCUGCAUUCAUGUCAAGAAUGGAAUGAGUCUUCAAAUCCUAAAUCAAGGAUUAGAGACAUUUACAAAGGCCCAAGCUGGACCAUGAGAUCCAGUCCUGUGGACCAGCCUCAUUUGAGGCAUAAAACAAAAGGAAACCAGGAAGGCAUUUUCAGGUGCUUGUGUAAAUUAUUAAAGUGUAUUUGUGUGACAGAAGAAAUCUUA